UAUUUAAACGGAGAUGUUUCGGCGAUGUCAGACUCUUUUUUGCAUCAUCAUGUGUAUGGUGUCGACUACAAAUACCGCUUCCCCUCUCGGCCACAGAGGAGCGCUGUCCUUCUCCAAUUCACUGCGCCUCACGCGCACUGUCCGCGCCAGCGUUCAACAGCUGCUGUCCCGAUACAAACAACAGGUGUUUAGAGGCGAGCUCUUUGAAUACGGAGACCUAGGCCUAAUGAAGCUGAGUACACUACCCACGGUGACUGUCAGUUAUCAGACCUGGCUACACAUGCAGGACACUGAGCGUUUGCGUUUGGCCUCUCACUACCUCCAAACUUUCUGGACUCAACUGGAAAGUCAACGGCAGCAGCUUGAGAGAGAAAGAGAUGCGACGAAAGAAAAAAGAGAGCAGCGAAGAGACAAACGAGGAAGGCCACAGCCCACCUUGUGCCAAAGUUUUGUCGGUCUGCAAAUAGAUCUGCGGGAUCUAAUGAGACAAGUCAACUCACAGUUGAAGAGUAUUGCACGGUUGUCUGCAUCCACAAAAUCUCCACUUCUCCAUCCCCUACACUCCACUUCAUUGUCCAGUCCGUUUCCCAGCAUGCAUCAUUCCACAGACAGCACCAGAAAGCUCCAGAGCCCAAGACCCACUGUUAACCCUAGGAGCUCCGCACACUUCACCGUACAAUCAUCUCAGACCUUUAACUCUGCCGACAGAAGAUUGACUUCAGCAAUGGAGAAGACCACUGUUAGCCUCCUGCAACCCACCACCCGGGCAUCGACGCUCACCUCGACCCAGCAGACCACAACAGCAGGGGAGUCACUUUGGAUUCAACAUAUGAGAGGGUUCAUGAUACUGAGAGAUCUAGAACGGUUCUUGAGCAGAUUGGCACGAGAUUACACUGUGCUCCAAGCCAAAUACUGAAAAACACAUCAAGAAAAACCUUUAAAAAAGAAAAACCAAGUAUUGGACAAACACGGAAUUAAAUUAUAAAACACAACCAAGGAAAUGCAUAAUUGAAUACACUAACAUUCAUAUCCCUAAAGAACUUCAUGUCAUAGUUGCUGUUUACCUUGCUCAUUAACUGUUUUUUUUAUGAGAAUAAUUUAUUAUUUACCGUUUGUUUACAAAAGACUAGA